AUCCGAGAUGCCAGCCCACUGGUGCGUCGCGAGCUUGUCCUCGCUUUUCGCGGACUCUUUUGUCAAUUUCCAGAUCAGUUCGCUGCAAUGUCUUGCCAGUACCUGCGCGAAGCUACAGCUACUGCUGCAGCCAACGCACUAGUUGGAGCACCCUAUAUCACAGCCAGUGGACAGACUUCUGUAAUCCCAAGUCAGUCUUUUUAG